AUGGCUUCUGAAGAGCAUUUUCUUCUAGACUUGAAAGUGGAUAACUUUAUUCUUUGCAACAUCUCCAUCAAUCAAAGUGCAAAUCUUUCCAUCCCGAGUGAUGAUUGGUUCUACCCAGGUUUCCUGUAUGCCAUUCCAACUAUUUAUGGAAUCAUCAUUUUGAUAGGACUUAUUGGCAAUAUCACUUUAAUUAAGAUCUUUUGUACUGUGAAGUCCAUGAGAAAUGUUCCUAAUUUGUUCAUCUCCAGUCUGGCUUUAGGAGAUCUACUCCUCUUAGUGACCUGUGUCCCUGUGGAUGCCAGCAGGUAUCUAGCUGAUGAAUGGCUCUUUGGUCGAGUUGGAUGUAAACUUAUCCCCUUUAUACAACUCACUUCAGUGGGGGUGUCAGUCUUCACACUUACAGCUCUCUCAGCAGACAGGUAUAAAGCGAUAGUGAGGCCAAUGGAUAUCCAAGCCCCUCAUGCGCUGAUGAAGAUUUGUAUGAAAGCUGCUAUGAUCUGGAUUUUAUCCAUGCUGCUUGCCAUUCCUGAAGUUGUGUUUUCUGACUUGCACCCUUUCUAUGACAGAGACACUAACAAAACAUUCAUCAGCUGUGCCCCUUACCCACAUUCUGAUGGGCUACAUCCAAAAAUUCAUUCAAUGGCAUCAUUUCUGAUCUUUUACAUCAUUCCUCUAUCGGUCAUUUCAGUGUAUUACUACUUCAUUGCUAAAAAUUUGAUCCGGAGUGCUUACAACAUACCUGUGGAAGGAAACAUACAUGUUCAGAAACAGAUCGAUUCACGGAAGCGUCUGGCCAAGACAGUGCUGGUGUUUGUGUGCCUCUUUGCUUUCUGCUGGCUUCCAAAUCACAUCAUCUAUUUAUACCGGUCCUACCAUUAUUCAGAGGUAGACACCUCAGUGCUGCACUUCAUCACCAGCAUCUGUGCUCGAAUCCUGGCCUUUGCUAACUCUUGCGUAAACCCUUUCGCGCUCUACUUGCUCAGCAAAAGUUUUAGGAAACAGUUCAACAACCAGCUGUUGUGCUGCAGAACCCGUCUCCUCAUCAGGUCCCAAAGCAUGGGCAGAAGUACCACUCGAAUGACUUCCCUCAAGAGCACCAACCAUUCAGUGGCCACGUUCAGCCUCAUCAAUGGCAACCACAUCUGUAACGAAGGCUGUGUAUAGGGUACAUGGCAGAGACAGCUUUGGAAAUGGUUGCGCAGUGUAGAUAGCAUGGCUGCCUGCUCUGCUUUGCGGGGAUAGUGAGUACCAUACAUGUAUAGAGAAAGCAACUGCAUACAAGAACUUCCAGGUACUUUAGGGCCUGACACUGUCGUAGUGAACUCAUGUGAUGUGCUGAAUGCCUUUAUUGUCCACCGAUUUAACAAGAGUUGAGUGCACUCAGCCCCUAUAAGAUCAGGCCUUCAUUGGCUUGGAGUCAAAUCUUGAGGUCCAUAGUUUUGCCUCAGUUCUGACUCAGGCAGACUCCAACCACAGUCACAUAAAAACAGUCUAAGGGAUUCAAGAUUUGUCCCAUUGUUUGCAGAAACAGCUUCAUGGGUUUUUGGUUUUUCUGUCUUGUUUUUUGGCUGAAGUAAACUCAUCUAAAUGAGAGUGACCCUUUUUAAAAAAGUUAAGUGUUGAUCAUUUCCUAGAACUGUCAAAUAUUUAUAAAUGUUUUGAAUACAGUAUUCAUAGUGUAAAAAGAUUUUAACAGUGUUUACUGGGGUGUGCUGGCCCCAUCUGAAAUGAGUAGUAUCUUGUACACUAUCAAUGUGAAAGCAGUAAUAUUUGAAUAAAUGUGAGUUAGAAGAUGUUUACAGUUUGAGUGUGUGCAUUUUGCCAUAUUGCAGAGGAAAAAGCACAGCACUUUGAGAGUUACUGACUACUCUGCUCUUCUCUUUGGGGUGCAAAAUAAUGGGGAGUUACAUUAUUAAAUGUGUAAUACAGAAUUUUAGUUGUGUUUGAUUAAACAUGAACAACAAAUGUCAAAUGAAGCACAGAAGUUCUUCAUGGGGAUGUAUUGUAAUAUGGGGGUGUACAGUGAAUGCCAUUAAAA